UCGGCUCGGGAGCGCACCGGGGCUGCAGCGGCUGCUUCCUGCGGGGCCGGCCCGGAGGCGAGGGGACGCUGCUCCCGGGGAGCCUAGGGGGCCCGAGGAGCCGGCGGAGCGGCCGGGGGAGAUGAGCUCGGCCGAGGCGGCGCCGGGGCCCGAGAGGGGUGUCAAGAGCGAGAAAGUGGACGAAGCGCAGGCCCUGGCUCGGAGCUGCGCGGCGCGGAGACCCGACUUCCAGCCGUGCGACGGGCUCUCCAUCUGCGCCACCCACAGUCAUGGCAAGUGCUUCAAGCUGCACUGGUGCUGUCACCUAGGCUGGUGCCACUGUAAAUACGUAUAUCAGCCCAUGACCCCCGUAGAACAGCUUCCAAGCACUGAGAUUCCUGCCAAACCCCGAGAGCCCACCAACACCAUUCAGAUCUCGGUGUCCCUCACGGAACACUUCUUGAAAUUUGCAUCUGUCUUCCGGCCUCCCCUGCCCCGUGACUCCCCAAGGUAUUGCACGAUUUCCGACCUCUUCAUCGAUAGCUAUCAGGUCAAGUGCAUCAAUGGAAAAAUGUGCUACGUGCAGAAGCAACCCCUGUCUCACCCCCACCCCACAAGCCCCGAGGAGGUCUCUGCACACGAUGCCUUAAUUUCAAAAGAGAGCAAUACACCAAAAAUCAAUCACUGCUCUUCUCCUUCGAGCUCUGAGGACUCGGGGAUCAACGCGAUUGGGGCUCACUACAUGGAAUCCUGUGAUGAGGACACAGAGGAAGGGGCAGAGCUGAGUUCAGAAGAGGAUUACAGUCCAGAGAGCAGCUGGGAGCCGGAUGAAUGCACCCUUCUGUCUCCAUCCCAGUCCGACCUGGAAGUCAUCGAAACAAUAGAAACCACUGUGUGAGACACUGCAUAGGCAGCAAGCUUUGGUCACCACGACUGAUCCACUUUCCCCUCCACCGUGGCGGACAAUCUGUGCUGUGUCCCUAACAGCCGGGAACUUGUAACACCUCCGUGGGUCCCCUGGUUUGCUUGUCUGUCUGACAGAGCGCUCUCUCUGAAGCUUAAAAUCCCGUUCUCGUUUUCUUAUUUUAUAGGGAUCUGUGGUGUUCCACGUUGUGACCCUCUCUUAUUUAGUCAUGAAUGAAAAGCAUCAUGCAGACUUGUAUAAGAACUCCUUGAGGGUGAAGGUGACAUUGUGUAUCUUUUACAACAUCCACCUUCUGUCCUCAUCUUGCUACUUCUCCGCGAUGUGAUCCCAGUAAAUAGCCAUUCACUCUGCCCUCUUCAUCCCCAAAGCUAGUUCUAUCCUAGCCAACCUGUUUUGUUCCUUUCAGUCAUUUUCCCCUCCCCCAAAGGCCAUGUUGGUUUUGAAAGUGGCACCAAGAUGAUGUUGGGGGGCCUAGAACCAAGUCCCAUGACUACCAUAGUACAGACCAGCCAUAGCUGGCCCUUAAACUAGGUCCCAGCCAGCUCCUAGAGAUGUAAGAGAGGCAACAGAAGGACAGACACCUGUUCCUCUGGCUGCAUUCCAUCCAUGUCACCUCAUGUUCUGUGUGGGAAUAGGGGGGUGUGGGAGAGCCCUGUGUGUCCUUUCUGGAUGGCUAGUGUCCCAGCAAGAACCACAUUUGUCUUCUUGACCAGGUAGAACACACAUCCUUAGAGUGAAAUAUAACCCUAGUCUUUGCUAAUCUAGGAGAAAGUGGACAGUGGUGAAUUUUAAAUUUUUGUUUAUCUCUAAGGGCUUGGCAGCCCAGGAUCAUUCUGGCGUCUUUCUUGAUUCCCCUUCAAAUCUUGGGAAGAAUUUUUAGGAGGCUGUUCAGGUGCACUUAGCUUUCAUGAUUCAUAGAUUGAUAGAGGUCAGAAAGGCCUUGGAAGUAACCAGUCCAACCUUCUGCAUUUGAUGGAUAAGGAAAUGGAGCUCUGAGAAGGGAAAGUGACUUGCCCAGGCCACAGCGAUUUGAUGGCAGAAUUAGCCCUGGGUCCUUUCUUCUGCCCCCUAUUAGAGUCCAUCUGUGACAAGUAAAGGGAAUGGGCCUAAGUGGGCACAGCCUUGAGGAGGGAGGAAUGAAUCCCAGAGGGCUGAUCCUAACCCUACUUCAGCGGAUGAUAAUAGGAAGACUGAACACAGCUUUGGUUGACAUUAGCUGGACAAAGCAGUCUGAGGCAUGGAAUUUUAAUGCAAAUUCAAAAACCAUGAAAAUUGUACUCUGAGUAUUCAAUUAAACUCAAUUCUGUUGAGCAAAUAUUAAGUGCCCACUCUGGGCAAGACACUGUUAGGAAUGAGGGAUACCAGAUGAAAACCAAUGGUCUCUUCCUUCAUGGAACAGAACAUCUCUCUGGGGGAGGGGAGAGUGUAAUGUGUAGGGAGAUAAAUGUGAUACAGAGUAAGGUGUAAGGGAGACAAAGGGAUCUAUGAACAUUUGAGGAGACAGGGCGUAUGGAGGGAAGAUCAGGGAAGGCUUCAUGAAAGAGCUCUGAGCGGGCAGAGAACUUAGAGACCAACUGGUCUAAACCCCCCAUUUCGCAGAAGAAAAAACUGAGGCCCAGAGAGAGAAGGAGACUGGCUCAUGAGAGAGAUGUAGACAGGCAGAGGUGGGGGUAAGGUUGGGGGUGGUAUUCCAGGCAUAGGGCAAUGUAAGGAGGUGGGAGAUGAGCAGAAUGAGACAGAACAGUUAGAGGCCAAGUUUGACUGUAAAACAAAGUCAGUGUAAGGGGGUGAAAGGAAAUAAAACUAGAGGGGGAGAUUGGAGCCAGGUUGUGGGAGGGCCUGAAAUGCCCAGCUAAAGAGAAAAGAUUUUAUGAAAUACUCUUAAAUUAUUUCACUAUGGUAUUAUUCGUUUCUUGAUAUGUUCUCUCCCCCUGCAAGAGUAGCCAUAGAGUUCAAAGAGAAUUUCUAUUUGAAGUUUUUAUUCCUUCAAAGAAACUUUGAAGUUUCUUCCCAACAGCCUUUCUAUGAAAUAUUUGCCAUUUUCCCAUAUUUGUCAAGAACUGGAGAAAUCUCUAAUAUAGCAUCAUUGGCAAGAGGAUGGAUGAUCCCUGCUGACAAUGGGGAAACAUUUCUUUGGGCCCUUCUCUUCCACCCAGACAGGUCAGGCCCGGCUGAGCAGGGUUUCAGCAGUAUUCAGAUCUCAACCUUUCUGUCUCUGUCUGUCUCUGUCUCUGUCUCUGUCUCUCUGAUUCUUUCUGUCUGUCUCUGUCUCCAUGUCAGUUUCCACCUUAAGAGAUGAGAAAAUGUUACCCGAAUUAUCCUCAUUUUCCGUCAAAUUUCUCUUCUCUCUUAAUUGUUGCUGAAAGAAAUCUCAGAGUUCAUUCAGUGUAACCUUCCUUCUCUCCCCUCCCCCCAUUUUACAGGUGAGGAAACUAAGGCCUAUAACUUCUCUUUUGGUCAAAGAUUUCCUAGAGGUCAUCUAGUCCAACCCCUUCACUUUUACAGAUGAGGAAACUGAGGUUCAAAACUCCUUGCCCUCCCCCCUUUCCUUCCCCCUCCCUUUGCCUCUCCUCCUUUCCAUCUCUCACAGAACUCUGCUCUAUGGGCUUUGGGAACACCACCCAUUCUCUCUGUAAGCCAGCCACCACCACUCCAAGGAAAAAUUCAGCAGGUCCUUCCGGCACCAAAGCCUCUCUGUGAGGCUUAGAAUUGGAUUCCUUCCUUUCCUGAUUACAGAGGGCGGGCUCUUGCCCAAUCUGCUUUCAUCCUCACAACAGCCUCUUAUGAGAGGAAAACAGCGGGGCAGCAAUAGAAAAAGGCUGUUUUCCUUUGAAACCAGUAUUAAUAAGACCUUCCUCUGUUCUAUCAGUGAUGCAGCCAAAACCUCCCACUGCUGUGUCCAGUGGUCUGAACGUUUGCUGUUUCCCUUGGAAGCAGGUCGUAGGAAAGGAGGGAUCCUGCAGAUUGCAUUCUAGUGUGGGGCAGGACUAGAGCCAGGCUCAGAGAUGUAGCCAAACAGCCGGCAGGCUCUGUCUUGGUGGGAAAAGCAGACCAGGAGUCAAAGGAGACCCAGAUUCAAAGUCUGCUUUUGGUUCUUACUAGCUGUGCAACUCUGGGCAAGUCACCAACUUCUCGGAGCCUCAGUUUGUCCAUCUAUAAAAUAGGAACGAUACCACCAAUAGCACCUACCUCCCAGGAUUGUUGUGAGGCUUCACUAAGAUAAUAAAAAUAGGAUAUUUUCUGGAGACAUUAAAGUGCUCUGUAGAGGUCAGCUAGAGCUGGCUGCCUGUUAAAAACAAUCAGGAGCUGGCCCACUGUGAUUCUGGAGCACAAGGCAGAAUUCUGCCAGCCACACACCUGCCUCCCUCACAACUCUCUAGUCACACCUGGGGUACUUCUGGUCUCUGGGGCAAAACCCCACUCAGCUUUGAGACUGGGUAACCUUGCCUACUAGCCACUGAAGAGGUGUGGGCCCACAUCGCCAUCCCAGUGAAUGGUAUGGGGAGAUUGUGGGCAUCACCCCACCGACACUCAUACUGGGAGGGACCUUAGAGGUCAGCUUGUCCAGCCAGUGCCUCAUACCCUGGGCCACCAGUAGCCACCUAUUCCCCAAACAGGAGGCAGCCACUUGGCUGGCAUAGAAAGAAGAAAUACACACACACACACACACACACACACACAAUGUGACCAGUUCUGGGUCACAGUAGACUCUAGGUUAGUCCUUGCAGCUGACCUAUCCUUGAUCAGAAAUAUUUUAGACUCAUGCCUGAGUCCCUGGUUUUAAACACUUUUACUGCCAGAGAAACCAACCACAUUUUGGACAAUGUGGGCUGGUUUGGGUUUUUUGUAUUUUUUUUUGUCUGAAUAGGAGCAGCCAACAGUCAUGAAAAAUCGGCACCCAGUCUUUGUGAAGUCCCAGCUCACUGAGGUUCCUGUAGUCUUUUUACAGAUGUAAGGCAUGAUUGGUCAGGGAUCACUUUCUCCUCUGUAUAUAAAAGUUGGAGGAAAAGCCUGGGAUCCUGGUUGUGAGACACAACUCAACCCUCAAACAUCCUGAACAUACUUUCUAAAUAAGCACAAUGACAAAGAUCAUUUUCCCUGGGUCCAAACACUGUGUUAAGAAUUCUCCUGAGUUUUGCGCCUGUUGGGGAGAGUGGGCUCCUGUUCCAAAGGCAACUGACCGGAGGCCACGUCCAAGUGUGUAUUCUAGGGCUACAUCUAAAGCCCUUUCUGUUCUGUAUUGUAUGAGAAACCUAACCUCUGUAUUCUUACUACUCUAGCGCUAAUUUGUAUAAACAUAUUUAUCGGCACUUUAGAAAACGUUUAGACUGUAGGGACUGGCCACGACCAGUGAGUGAUCUUGAUGCCGCGUGGGGAGAUCAGAGAGCUGAGCAGUUUGGGUUUCUUUGGGUGGGAGUCUAGGAUUUUGCCAGAUGGGAGGCGAAGGGCUGGGGCUCCUGCAGAGACCUUUGGGCAACAGAUCAUAUUUUCACAAAGCUGGCACGAAAGCUGUCGGGUAGGAGAUUAUUAAGAAGCAAUACUAUGUGGGUUUUAUCUUUUUACGUAACCUCAGCCUGUUUUUAAAUUUCUGAACAGUUUGCUCAUAGCUUUUGUAAGAGAAAAUAAUAACGAAGAAGUGGGUUACCACUUCUUUCCUAGUAAUUAAUUCUUAGAACCAAUUAAACACAUUGCAAUCCACCCAGAACUGAUGGAGUAUCUACUCUCUGCCAAGCACUGUGCUAGGCUGGGGAUACAAAGACAAAAUAGUCUGGCCCUCAAGGAGCCUACGCUCGAUUGAGGGAGGGGGGACCGGAAAGACAACCACGGCUAAAUUAAUACCGUAAAUAAAUAAAUUCAAAGAAAUACAGUCAUUUCAGGGGGUGGGCAGAUGGGAAGCACCAACAACUGGGGCUGGAGAGAAGUCAGGAAAGACCUCCUAUGAGAGUCAUCAGGGACAUUUCUGAAGCUCCUGUGUUCCAGGCACUGGGUAUAUAUGGAUGGAGAUGACAGUACACUGCUCUCAAGAACCUUAUGGGGUAAAGGCAAUGGGGUUGUCCAAGGACAGGACUAUGAUACAAUAGAGAUGCAGUCAGGAUGAUGUAGUGGAUAGAGAGCCCAUCUCUCCCCCUACCCCAACCCAAAAGGCCAUUUGGGUUCUAAAGGUGAUGCUGAUGAGACGGUUCUGUGGGCCCUGGAGCCAAGUCCAAGACGGGAGUGACAAGAGCCAGGACUGCCAUGGGACAGACCAGCCUUAACUUAAGGCUGGAACCAGCUUUGGAGUCAAAAGAUCUGGGUUCCGGUCUUGCCUCUGAAACAGACUGGCUGGAGGACCCUGGGGAAGUCACUGAGCCCCAGAAAGCUCUAAGAGUAUAAAUUGCAGGAAAGGUACAAAGGGAGUUCCCUUAUUUGGGGGUUCCUUAUGCCAAUGAAACUGAGUCAGAGGACAACGGAAUGGAGAGAGAUCCAAGAAAAGCACUUUGAGAAAUUUGAGGG